AUGGGCUCAGAAGCAUCUUCCACCUGCCAUGGCCACCGUCUGUUCCAAUUGUUCCGGGAGUACCUAAACCUCCCCGAGAUUACUACAAUCGACCAGAUCUGCUCAGGGCUUGUGCAAGUUGGCCUGCUGGUCCUAAUCUCCACCACGGGACGAUAUUUCACCUGGCUAGGGUCAUACCUAGGAGCUUUGGGUCUGAAUGUCAACGUGCCGCUUUACAUUCAAGUGAGGGCAGAGUCCAUCGCCCAAGCUGCUCUUCCAAUAGUGCUGGGAAGACCUCCACUGCCUGUAUAUCAACAGCCUCCACCUGUCCUGCCCGCCGGUGGAGGUGUGCACACCGAAAUGGCAAUGUAUCGAUUGAGACUUUGUUGGUAUACCGCACUAGAAACAGCAACACCUGUAGCGGCAAUAGCAGGACUACAGGUUGCUAUGGCUAUGCCGCUUGUCGCACCUGCGUACCCCAAUGUGAACGCGAUUACGUUCCCGUUAAUGGGCUCAGCUUUUGUGCUAGGAUACACCUAUGACCAAGCCGCAACCCAGGCCUGCAAGGCUCUUUAUGAAUACUUUCACGUGACUUUGGGGAGCGAAAGUGCUCCUUUUGGGAUGCUUUCAAGUCCUGUGGCUGCACCCGGAUCAAUAGAGGCAGAGCGGAAUGCCCGUCGAGCACAAUUCUCGGACGUCUACUUGACCAUACCGAAUGGAAUGCCGUUUCUGAACCCACCCGUUGGAGUUGGACGCGUAACAAUAAAUGUUUUUCAUAAAGAAAUGGGUCAGCAAGAGCUUGCCUGGCAGAGAGCAUUCGCGAAAUACCUGAUGUGUGAUUGUUGCGGAAGCUCAAUCGAAUAGAAAGCAGGCGUUGAUCUAUAAACCAGUAGUGAUGGCGGAAGGUUUCUUUUUCAAUAACAGUUCGAGGAUAAGAAAGUUUCAAACUAUACCAUUAUAAUACCAUAUAGUUAAAGAUCUAAAAUCAUAUUAUUCGAGAUUCUGUAGACGAGAAAGGAGGUUCAGAUUUAAGCGUGAACUCAGACCUAUAAGGAUAAAAUAGUGUAAGAACGACGCAAAUUUCGG